AUCUACGGAACAGCUAUAUUUUGCGGCAUACCAAGACAAGAUAUAUGUCUACCAACCCAAAAAGGCGCCUCAGAUCCUCCCCCCGCCGUCCCUCAUCCUGAACCCGCGCCAGACAAAGGCGGCAAAGUUGAUCGGGGGCGCCCUGGACAGGCAGUUUCCGCACCAGAUGAACAGUAUCAUGGUGGGGAAUCUGGGAAUCCACGAGGUGGUCUUGUUUGCCUACGACGACGGCGAUGUCGGCGCAUACUACACACACACCAUAGCCCGCUACAUCAGGGUCAUCAGCGAACAGCACCGAGGCCGCCGCGGCUCCCUGACCUUUCGUCCAGCAGUACCCAAGGAGUGUUUCCACGCAAACGUCGGUCUGUCGGCGUGGGGUCUCGCCAUUCACGAACAGUCGCGGUUGAUCGCUGUUAGUUCGAACCAACACGAGGUCCAUGUCUUUGCAUUCGCAAUAUACACCCCUCCAGGUCGAGGAAAGCCGAACCCGCGCCGAGAAAGUGAGUCACCUCUGGUUGACGACUCGCCCAAGGUACCGUCGGGCCAGACAGCCUUGGAGCUUGAGAAACAUUUGAAGGAGAGGACGAGAACCUGGAGGAUCGUCUUGACCCUCGGCCCAAACGGUCAUAAUAUCCCUACGAUUUCGUUCGCCGACGACGAGUUUGGAAAUGCAGACAAGGUCAUUGCCGUUGACGUUGACGGCAACACUUGGUUCCUGGACAUUUGGAAGAUCGGUGCCUUUCCUGUACUGUACCCCUCAACUCCGCUUCGGGGAUUUCCGACACAACGAUACUCGGGCUGGGGCGUCUUGGUGCUCUCAGACAGCCAUUUCAAACCGACUAAGAAUCUGCGUGAGGCACUAGGGCUUCCGCCGAACGAGAUCAUAGUUGGAAGGUCGGCUCCGGCCCCGGAAACCAUUACCUGGCUAGACACCACCUGCAGCCUGUGGUAUGUAAAGGAUUUUGCCCCCAGGCUGGAUGAUUUUUUCCGGAACCGCAAUUGGAACCUGUAUCACAAGACACAUGCCGGAGUAACGAAGGGGGAGGAUUUCCCUCAGGGCUCCCCAGUCCACCCGGCCGGAUUGUUGGAUGAGGACGACGACGACGACGAUGACGACGACGACGAUGACGACGAUGAUGAUGACGAUAAUAUAAUUAACCCCUGGGAGGACGCCAGCGAAUCUGAGAGCGAUUCAUUUGCGCGGGACGAGUCUUUCCCAAGGGUGUCGUCGGAUAGGAGGUGGAUUCAUCUAAGCAAGUUUCCGGGCCCUGAAGGAUCCCAGCUCAAGGAUAUCGGCAAUAUCGUUCAACUCGCCCGAGCCAUCGUCCCAGGUCUCGGACAGACGCCUCCACUGGACGGAAGCAUGCCCAAAUUCAUGGAAUUUAUUUCGACUAGCGCUUUGCGGCAAUCAAAAACCAGACCCGUGCGGUACUGGAAGACCGAGUUUUCGCCUCACAUGACCAAGAACCUAACCAUCCUGCGCACGACGGGUACGGAUAUUGAGCUUCAGCCAUUCAACCCGAUGGGAACGGGCGUGAUGUGCAAGAACGUGCUCGGGCACCACAACCAUCACCGCCGGCGGGUGGAGCCGUACGAUCUCGCACGCAUCAACUCGGAGCGGGCAUGCAUGGUACAGCACGUGCCCGAGUUGAACUUGGUGGUGGUGGGCUCGCGAAACGGACGAGUCGCGCUUCUGACGCUGACCAAGUCGGUCAGGCGGGUCGAUGCCAGCACGCUGCGGUAUGGCUUCCGGGUUGACCGCGUGCUUCCCCGAAAAGCUGACGAAGACCGCCGCCUACGGCCCUGGUGUGCCCUCCAUGGCAUCGCCAUCUCACCCGUGCCUGAGCCUCGCGCGAAGGGCGUCGAGCUCUUUGCCCGGGGGGGUGGCCGCCGCAGUUCGGCACUUCCCGCGGCGCAGUAUCGUCUCAUUUUGCACUACAUGGACCACACGAUUCUCAUGUACGACAUUGCGCGGCGGGCGGACGAUGAGGAUUUGCUAAUUUUCUAAACUUGUCGGCCGGAAGUGAGCAGCGAGAUGGGAGAGAAGGAUUUCCAGCGUGUGUACGUAUAUGUAAUGUGAGGGUAAUUUUGUGUCUGUUUUGUUUUCCCUUUUAACUCUUCAUUUUUAUUCUUUACUUUAAUUUUCUACCUUCCGUGGGGACAUGACAAAAGGGUAGAUAUACAAAGUCUGUGAUGAAUUGUGGUGAGCGAAGCAUACUGA